CUGCAGAGUCAUGGGAAGCCGCCGACGUGUCAAAUGACGUGGAGGAUAAACCGAUUGAUUACACUCUCUCUAUAUCCUCCUACUUGUUCUUCACCGGCCGAUCUUUUCCUCCUUAACAUCACAUGGAAACAUUAAUCUCUCCCAAUUUCACCUCCAAUGCCUUCCCUCUCAUUUCUCCUCCCCUCCUCUCUCAACGCCGCCGCAGACUCGCCGUUGUUAAAGCCUCCGUUGCCGCCGUUGAGAAGAAGGUCGCUAUUAUCAGAAUUGGCACCAGAGGGAGUCCAUUAGCUCUUGCACAAGCUUACGAGACCCGCGAUAAACUCAUGGCCUCAAGUAGCGAGUUAGCAGAAGAAGGGGCGAUCGAAAUCGUGGUGAUUAAAACAACCGGUGAUAAAAUAUUGAGUCAGCCUCUUGCAGACAUUGGUGGCAAGGGUUUGUUCACUAAGGAAAUAGAUGAGGCCCUUCUAAAUAGUGAAAUCGACAUUGCUGUUCAUUCAAUGAAAGACGUCCCUACUUAUCUCCCUGAAAAGACAAUUUUGCCCUGCAAUCUUCCGCGUGAAGAUGUUCGUGACGCGUUUAUUUCCUUGAAGGCAACUUCAUUAGCCGAUCUUCAAGCUGGAAGCAUUGUUGGUACCGCAUCACUUAGACGAAAGUCUCAACUACUUCACAGAUAUCCAUCACUCUCUGUGCUGGAAAAUUUCCGAGGCAAUGUGCAGACUAGAUUAAAGAAACUGAAUGACGGUGUUGUUGAAGCAACAUUAUUAGCAUUAGCUGGACUCAAACGGUUAAACAUGACUGAACACGUUUCUUCUAUUCUUCCUAUCGAUGACAUGCUUCCCGCUGUUGCACAAGGUGCAAUUGGAAUCGCUUGUCGAAGUGAUGAUGAUAAGAUGGCUAGUUACAUAGCAAAGCUGAACCAUGAGGAAACAAGAUUAGCUGUUGCAUGUGAAAGGGCUUUUCUAUUGACACUUGAUGGAUCUUGUAGGACACCCAUAGCGGGAUACGCUUGUAGAGACGAAGAUGGAAAUUGCCUCUUUAGAGGAUUGGUGGCUUCCCCCGAUGGAACUAAAGUACUAGAAACUUCUAGAAAAGGAUUGUAUGCUUAUGAAGAUAUGGUUCUGAUGGGGAAAGAUGCUGGUGAGGAACUACUCUCGCGUGCGGGUCCUGGCUUUUUUGAUGGUUGAGAUCUUCUGAUGCGGAUUUCUUUUGGCUAGCUUCUGAUGAGUUGUUACAUCGUUCGUGUAGUUUAAGAAUAGAAUUUGAUUUGUUGUAUCAGUCGAUUGAUUACCAUAAACGGUAGAAUGCAACAUUCUUGUAUAAUAGAAUUUUCAAAUUAGUUCCUUAGAUUGUUGGAUCUUUAAUCUUCAAAGGUGACACCCACUCUCUUUUUUUGCAUUA